AUGACCAAACAGAGCAUGGAGUCCCAGUCGGCUACAAUCAAGCGUCUCGAGACAACCGUUGGGCAGCUCUCCGGGACAUUGAACCAGAUGCAACAACAGCAACAACCAGGGAAGCUCCAUGGACAAGGAUUGCAACCCCACCAAGCCCAAGCUGUCACUGUUCUACGCAGUGGAAAGGUGGUGAACAACAAAGUGGAAGCCCCUGUGGAAGAACCACCCAAGGAAGCCCGCAUGGAAGAGCAAGUAAAGGAGCCGCUGCAGCCAAGAGAGGAGGAGAAGGAGAAAGAGCAGGAGCCCGAAGUGAAGCUCCACAAGGCUACCAAGCCAUAUAAGCCACCGGUCCCCUACCCAAGCCGGUUGAAGAAUGAAAAGCUGGACCAACAGUUCACCGAUUUCUACAACAUGUUGGCAAAGGUGAACGUGAACUUGCCAUUUUUAGACGUGAUCAGGAAUGUCCCAGCUUACUUGAAGUUCUUUAAAGAGUUGGCCUCCAAGAAGAGGAGGUUCGAGGACAACGAGAAGAUUUUGGUGUCCGAGGAGGCCUCGGGGAUGUUAGAUUUGGGGGCUGGAAUCAAUCUAAUGCCUUACUCUAUUCUCAAGCAAUUAGAGUUAGGAAAUUUGAAACCCACUCGUAUGUGCUUGCAAUUAGCCGAUAGGUCGGUGAGGUAUCCUCAUGGGGUAGUUGAAGAUAUCCUUGUUAGAGUGGGUGGUUUGAUUGUACCUGUUGAUUUUGUUGUCUUGGAGAUAUGA